CGCCCAUAAUCCCUGACGAAUUUUGUUAUGUUUUCUUGAGGGAGGAAGGCCCACGAGGAGCCGAGGGGCGGGGAAGAAAAAGGGAAGCGGCAGGAGGCGGCGGCGGCUCUCGCGGCCGAGAUGGGCGCCAGGGACGUUGCGGCGGCUCUAAACAGGCGCCGAGGUCGCUGCUCUUCAACCUGCCCGGCUGCUCGCUGAGCAGCCGCCACGCCUCCUCGCAGGGAGGGCGGGCGGGAUGGCCGAGGCGGUCGGCGAGUCCCCGGCGGCUGCCCUACGGGAGAAAGUGGCUGCGCUGGAAGCUGAGUUGAGCGCCUGCCGGAGCCGGCUUGAGCGGGAAAAGAAGCGGCGCCUCCAAGCCCAGGCCUGCGCGGCUAAGUUACGGAAGCAGGUUGAAAAACUUGGUAAAGUCAGCAAUGGUAAAAGAAAUGAGAAGACAACAUCUACUGUAGAAGUACAAACUGAAGACUCUGCUGCAUGGCUAUAUGCAGAUUAUUACUAUCCUCAUAACUACUACAACUGUUCUGAAUUAUCCAGUGCACCAGUGCAGGCAAAUAAUGAUAAUGAAAUAUUGAACUCAAAUUGUACAGAUCAUUUACAAUUAGACAAUCAUUUAGAUGUUAAAGACAGACAGCAGGAUGAGAUUGAGGAACAGGACAACAUAAUAAAUAAUGUGCAGAAAUCAAAAGAUGUUUCAUUAACAGAAGGCACAUUAGCAGAAAGUCUGAGAGCUGCUGCAGAAGCUGCUGUAUCACAAACAGGAUUUACAUAUGAUGAAAAUACUGGAUUAUAUUAUGACCAUAGCACUGGAUUCUAUUAUAAUUCGGAAAAUCAGCUGUAUUAUGAUCCAGCCACUGGAAUUUAUUAUUACUGUGAUGUUGAAAGUGGCCGAUACCAGUUCCACUCUCGAGUGGAUCUACAAUCUUAUGGAACUGAAACACUUCAGAGCAGCAAAGACAGAAAAAGUAAAAAGAAACGAAAAGAUGCAGAAUGCUCUAGGACAAAUGAACACAAGAAUCUGAACACAGAGGAGCAAAAAUCAUCUAGUAAUCUGAAUUGCCUUUUUGCCCCUAAUGAACCAAGUUCUCCAGGAGAGGAAGAGUGUCCAGAUGUGAAAAAAGCUAAAGUGGAUAUUGAUACAAGAAACACUCCAAAGACUAAGGAAUCAGUUACUGCCAAUGGAAGUAAUAUAAACGCAGAGUUUACUGCUAGUAUAGAAGACUGUAAAACAGAUACAGAAAGUGAGCCAGAAGAAGGUGAAAUCACAGACACUGAACAGGAGGAAUAUAGCAGUGAAAAUGAACUGACAAGUGAAGAAACUGUAAAUUCAGAAGAUGUGGACAGUGAAGAUGAAGACAAGAUCUGGCCACCUUGUAUCAGAGUGAUUGUAAUUAGGUCACCAGUACUGCAGAUGGGGUCUCUGUAUAUCAUCACAGCUGUGAAACCUGCCACAAUUGGAAGAGAGAAAGGGAUGGAACAUACCCUGCAGAUUCCAGAGGCCUCUGUCAGCAAGUUCCACGUGGAAGUAUACUUUGAUCAUGAAUUGCAAAGUUAUGUUCUUGUGGAUCAAGGCAGUCAGAAUGGCACUGUGGUUAAUGGAAACCAAAUUCUUCAGCCUAAAACAAAAAGUGAGCCCCAUGUUCUGGAACACGGUGAUGAAGUGAAGAUUGGAGAAACUGUACUAUCUUUUCAUAUACACCCUGGUAGUGAAACUUGUGAUGGAUGUGAACCAGGGCAAGUCAGAGCCCAUCUUCGCCUUGAUAAGAAAAAUGAAUCUUCUAUUGUCCCUGCAUUGACAAAAGAAGAAAAGGAAUUAGUUAGAAGAAAAGAAUUAAAACAAAUACGUGUAAAAUAUGGUUUACAGAAUACAGAAUAUGAAGUUGAUAAGGUUGUGAAAAAUCCGAAUUACAAAGACAGAGCAGGAAAGCGCCGUGAAACAGUUGGAAGUGAAGGGAACUUUUAUAGAGAUGAUGCUCCAGCCUCUAUACAUGUGGAAAUUAGUGAGAGUAACAAAGGACACAAAUUAUUGGAGAAGAUGGGAUGGAAGAAAGGAGAAGGACUUGGAAAAAGUGGUGGUGGAAUAAAAGAUCCGAUCAAACUUCAGUUACACAGAAAGCAUGCAGGCUUAGGUGCAAGUAUGCCUAUUUCUGCUGAAGAGAUUCAGAUCAUCAGUACCAAAAACAAAAGGAACUGGGAAAAAGCAAGAGAAAGAUUUGCAGAAACAUUUCAGGAUUCUAAAACUCUACAAAAAUGCACAGAAGAAUCUAACCCAAAUUAGAAGAGCAGCAGAAUUAAAUUCAUAAUUUGUUAGCUUGUUUAUGUAAUUAUGGUUUUUUGUCCUUAAAGGUGGAAAUGUAUUUGUUGUAUAUUAACUGUUAUAUACGCGCACUUAACUGUAAAGCACUGUCAUUGUACAGGUUGAUUUGUUUCUCUGACACAAUUUUAAUCAUAAGAUGUGCACGGCCUUAAGUGGCCCAGUUCUUUUUGAAGAGUUUUGGAAGUGAGUAUGAGAGUAAUUCAGGAUUUUUUUUAAUUUUAUCACUUCGUUGAAACAAUUUCUGUCUCUUUUUGAUUCCUUAUGGAUCUCAAAGGAGUCUGUGGCCUCAUGCAAAAGAAAGCAAAAAACAAGAGCCAAAAGCAAUACUGAUGCAUCUCAGUUUCAUAAAAUGAAAUCAAUAAUUUUUCUACCGUGUUUCCCCAAAAAUAAGACAGGGUCUUAUUUUCUUUUGACCCCCAAAAUAAGGGUGUGGCCUUAUUAUCCGGGGGGGGGGGUUGUUUAUUAUUUUGGGGUUGCAGGAAACGGUGAGCAUGGGACUGGAUGUCCUGUCACCACCAGCACCUCCCCUCUUUGUCCUUCGCACAGGCUGGCACUGCCCUGCCUUGUGGAGCAGGACUCUGCAAGGCUUGCUGUGCUGUUGCACGCCUGAACUGCAGUGAGCUUCAUCAUAGUGGCAUAGCUGGUGUCCUGCAGCUCGUGGCUGCACUGGUAUAUCAAGCUUUGCAAUAGUGCUACCAUUCGUGCGUGCAGCAGCACAACAAGCCUUACAGAGUCCUGCUCCACGUGGUGGCGGUGGGACAAGUCUUACAAAGACUCAUUCUGGCAAAUGGGGUGAGUGAGAAGCGAGACAUGCAUCUUACCUUUCCAGCUCCACCGCAUUCCUCACCGUUGUUGUCCAGGGAAACACGUUGUAAAAAACCCAUUGAAAGUUCAAUUAAACUUCUCGAACUCGCAAGGGUUCUUUUACGUGUUUCGCUGGACACAAUGGCAAGGAACGCGACGGAGCUGCCAGUCUCCGGUAAGACGUGUGUCUUGCGGUGGGGGCAAUUUGGGGACAGCAAGUGGGGCACAAGACGUGUGUCUUACUGGAGACUGGCAGCUCCGUCGCGUCUCGGCUGGUCUGCAGGGAAACACCUUGUACAGUAAAAAACUCGUGAGUUUGAAAAACUAAUUGCUCACACUUGCAAGAAGUUUUUCUUCACUGGGCAGGAUGUUCCCCUGCGCAGACCAGAGACGCAACAGAGCUGCCAGUCUCCAGUAAGAGUUGCUUUGGGGUGCAAUUUGGAGGUGGCAGGUGGGGCAGGGGAUGGAGUGAGCCACAAGACAUAAAUCCCGGCUGGAAGCCGCUGGAAGCGGAGAAGAGACUUUUUGGGCCAGUCGCCUGCUGCCAUGUCUUCUGGAAGCCAGGGCAGAGAAGCAGCAAAUGCACAGCCACACAUGGAAGCCCACUUCCAGAGUGGCUGCUGCCAGAAGACUACCCCAGCUCCUGAAAGAAUCGUAAGCAGGUGGCUGGCCCAACCAGCCUCUUACCGCUCAGUCAGUGAGUGGUGUUCUGCCCGCCUAGAGGGGGAGUUGUCUGCUGGGUAGGCACUACAUGGUAAGAAGUGCCAGGCGGCUGCUCUCUUGUGAAUGGGGUGGGAGUUUACAGGCAUAGGGGAUGGAUGGGAGGUGGGUGAGCACCAAGAACACGGGGGAGAGAGAAGAGAGGCAGUUCCUGAUCAGUUCAGCUGAUCCACAGGUGUUGAUUAAGGGGCCCAGCUGCCAUUAUCUGACUGGGGAAGGGAAGAGCUGCCUCCUGUGCUGGCCACACCCAUCCCUUCACUAGGGCUUAUUUUCAGGGGAGGGCGUAUAAUCAGGUUUGGCCUUAUUUUCAGGACAUGUCGUAUUUUCGAGGAAAUACGGUAAAAUUAGACAACAGUUCUGUUCUAAAUGCAAUAUCACUAUUUUUGGUGAGAAAAUAAUAUACAAAAGGCCAUAUAGAAGGCCUUUAUUUUCUUCUAUGAAGAAUUCUUAAGGGUUGUACAUUAAGCUUCUAAUAUUCUAUUCAGGUAGCAUGUUUAGAAAAUGAUACUAUCUUCUGUACUUUUUAGAAUUCAGAAUUACACAGUUCAGGGGCUGAACUAUUACAAAAUUCAGAAUCUUCCUGGAUUCAAUUAUUGUUUUUGAUGAUGUGCAAGGAUGUUUCUAAUCCAGUUUAGCUUUUUCAAUAUGCAGGGAAUUCUGAGAUAGGAAAAGCAAUCAUAGAUUUGGAAGUGGCAGAGUCUAGGACUUUGGUACCAUAAACUAGUCUUGGCCCUAUUAGCCUUCUUAUCUUCAGUCUGUACUGCCAUACACCUUAAGAUUUUUAAUAGACAAGCACUAUUUAUUAACCUUUGUCCGUUGCUGGCAAUGGAAUUUAGGCUGGAUUCUAUUUUUUCCUCCAUUUUUCUUCAAGAUAGAGACUGAAUAUUUAUUUAUUGAAAUGUUAAUAAACAUGCUUUCAAAAGA